AUGGUAAGAUGUUGUACAAUAGCCCAUGCACGUUCUGUACUAAUGUUCUUGAUUAACAAAAACAGAUAUUGGAGUACUAACCUGCAAGGGCCUGUGACGCGGGUUGAGUCGCGAGCGAGUCGCAAGACGGCGGGAGAUGCUCAGCUGCCUGCAGCUCAAGCUGCGCAGGUUGCUGAUAGUGGAAGUGGCAAUCUGGGGAUAGGGCGGCAGUGUGCAAGCUUGCUUGAUGAUAAAGCCAAAGAUGCGAUAUGGUGCCGCCGCAGCGCUUUUUACGACAUCCAGAGAAGGCUUGCAUGUCAAGGCACCAAGCCCCAUCUUAUUGAAUUUCCAUAA